GCCAAUCGAACAAACAAUUUCAAACGCCUCCCCGCGGGGGGCCUCCCCUCCCCUCCAUGACCAAACCCUAGCCCCCCGAUCGCCCCGACCUUCGCCCGCGACCGCGAUGGAGGAGCUCUUCAUGCAGGUCUUCGAGCGCCGGGACUGGGUGAAGGCGCAGGUGCAGGAGCAGGUGGUGUCCUACUCCGAGUCCCUCGCCUGCGCCAUCCUCGCCGCCGGCCGCCGCCCGCCGCCGUGGCUCCUCCCGGCACUCGACUCCGUCCCCGCGCGCGGAAAUAAUACAAAAAUGUCAUCUAUAGAUCUUGCUCAUAUGAGAAAUGAAAACAGUCUGCAUCAUGCUCAGUCUCAAACCUAUCAACGGGUCAAGCCAAAAACACAUGAAUUUGGUGGUUGCAAACCAGGUGGCUUGCAUAUUGUAAAUUAUGCCGGAGAAAUUGAUCAGUCACAGAUAUGUGUGUCUGAGUCUGUUGUCCAGGAGUUUAACAUCGCACAUUCACUAAAUGAAGGACUUCCUUCUACCAGUCCUGUUGAAGUACCGCACUCUGUCAUGAGUUCGCUGCUUCAAGAGGAUACAUCGCAACCUGUUGAAUCUAAUUUACAAGGAAUACCUCAUUCUGUCUCCAGUCCAUUGCCUGAACAGAUAACAAUGGGUGUUUCCGAAACUGACUCUCUUACAGGGAUGACUUGUAUGGCUAGCCAACUUCCUGAAAAUGUUUCCUUGCUGUCUCUUAAAUCUAUUGCUCUUGAAGGACCUGAUUCUGUGUUCACUCCACUGUCUCAAAAGGAAAUAGCGGAUGCGGGUGAUACUGUUUCUCUUAUGGAGCCGAUUGCUAAAACAGAAUCUGUUGCAGGGCUGAUUUCUAUGGCUAGCCCACAGUUUGACAAUGAUCGAUUGCAAACUAAUUUGCUGGAAGGACCUGAUUCAGUGCCAACUUCACUGUCUCAAGCAGAUGCAAGACAUACUGCUGAAACUGAUUCUGUUGAAAUCCUGGACCAAGAAGAAGAUACUGAUACACCUAGAGAAUACAGUUUUCCUGAUAAGAGAGUUGAUGAAAACUUGAAGAUUCUUGAACAUCAGAGCUCAGAAUGUCAUGUGCGGUCUCCUCCAUGUGAUGGAUCUUCUCUUCGACCUGAUUAUCUGGCCAAUGCUAUUUGUGAAGCUCCAAAAAUGUUGUCAACGCCACAGGAGAAUAUGCUGGGUGACGAACAGCAGGGCUCAGAAUGUCAUGUGCUGUCUCCUCCAUGUGAUGGAUCUUCUCUGCAACCUGAUUAUCUGGCCAGUACUGUUUGUGAAGCUCCAAAAAUGUUGUCAACGCUACAGGAAAAAUGUUUUGAAGCUCAGAGUGAAGCUUAUGAUGUUUAUGUUAGAAAUGACAUGAAUGGAUCUGUGAUACCAGAAAGGUUUAGUACAGAAUCAGCAGAGAAACUCUUAAGAAGCCAUGACGGGACAGAAUGUAAGAUAUUUUCUUUUGAUAUUGCCAUGGAAAUAGAUUCCGAUUCAUGUGAAACAGUGAGCGAUAAGCAAGCCCUGGCUACGCAACCUUCUGCUCAGCACCUUUUACAUAGUUCUAGAUGUGGGGAGAUUACAUCAAAGAAAUCAGAUGCUCAAAGCAACAAUAGUCACCAGGGAAGAUCAGUUGCAGAUGUAAUCCAAGUACAAGGGAAUUCAUCUUUUGAAGGGAUAGAGAUUAACUGCCAAUCAGAUCAUGCCCUGUACAGCUUGUGUAGCACAAUGAGUACAUCUAUGGAUUGUCAACCUGACAUUCUUGACAAGAUGGAAAAUAGAGCAGACAUGUCAGGGAAGCCACAACAUCCAGUUCACCACUUAGAUCGCCUGGGAUCUAGUGAGUGCAUUUCGCUUGAUUUAGAACGAAGGAUCGUUACAAGUAACUGGAAGAGUUCCGUGUCAUAUAAAGUUCAUACCAGUGUAGAUUCUUCCUCUCAAAGAACUAUGUCUAGCCUAUCAGAUAUCAUCCACUUUAAUUCACUGAGGAUGAAAUCUUUGUCCAGUAGCAGCAGUAGUCUAAGUGGUAAUGUAGCAACUGUUCCCCAAGAUUCUUUACCUAACUGCUCUGAUAUCUUAUCAGAUGGUGAUGGAGAGUACACAAGGAAGACAAACAACUGCUCUGUAUAUCCUGGUGCAGAUGUAAAAUAUGUGGCAGUAGACGACCAGAUAUUGAAUCAUACGGAUUAUGUUUCAUCUGGGUGUGAAGUGUUGAAUCCAGAAAAUCAUCCCAGCUCCACUCCACCAAGUACAUUUCCAAGCUAUGCUUCUUCAGAUCAGCAAAGUCAGCAAGCCUGUGCUUCAAACUGUUCCAACAAAGAACUUGGCGAGAAAUGUAUUCAUGAUGAUCCUGGACAGCCUGUCUCAGAUGGUCAUAUUCCAUUGCAAAAUGGUGAUAAUUGUGCUGACUUCGAUGAAACCGUUGAAGUGCACCAAAGCUGUGGCAUUCCUAUUCCAGCUAACAGUCCAACCAUCAAAGAAAGGGUACUUGAGGCAUAUCGUGAUUCCACAAAGUGGGUCAACCUGAGCUCCAAUCUCUCCUCGAAGUGUAAGAUUAACAGUAAGAUAACAUCCCCGCUGAGGAGUAAGUAUGAAUCAUUGACAGCUAGGUUUGAGAAACUUUUGGGCCCAGCCUCCCUCGUGGAGGUGGAACCUAAAUGGCAUUAUCCAAGUUAUGACACCAAAAUGAUGGGGGUUUUUGGUAAUCAAGAGGAUUGUGAAAUUCCUUUGACACCAUCAUUUGGAAAGUAUAGCCUGCAGAAGCCAUCAGGAGUCUGUUAUACUUCCAACUGUACAGGUUCCAUAACAGAUCUUGCUUGCUUCCAAAUUGAUGAAGAUAGCAGUACUUCAGAAGCUUCCAGAAAAUAUAUGGAUGUAGGGAGGCUAGAUUUGCCAACCACUACAGCUUCCAGUAGGGAGUCUGAUCAUCAAGCACACCUCAUAAUUGAUCAAGCCAUGCAAAACCCAAAGGAGAACCGUGCUCCUUCAAUUAGGAAAGAAGUUAAAGUGACACAGUCCCUCCAUGACAGAGAAAGCAAGGGAAGAAUUCUGGGUAAUCAAAAUGAAAUUCACAAAAGUGAAGUAAAUCUUGACAAAGGAUGGAAACCUAGUAAUAUUGUCACUAGCAUGACAUCAUUUAUACCACUUGUAAAACAAAAGCAACGGCCUACAACAGUAUGUGUGAAAAGAGAUGUUAGAGUAAAGGCGCUCGAGGUGGCUGAAGCUGUAAAGCGUCGUGAACAGAAGAAACAAAAUGAGCGUGAGAUGCGCAAAGCAGCUGCUGAACUAGAGCGCGAGAGAGUAAAGCAAGAGAGGGAGCAAAAACUUAAACAGAUGGAGCAGAAGAAGAAAACGGAUGCUAGAAAGAGGCAGUGGGAAGAUGAUGGAAGGAAGGAAAAGGAGAAGAAAAAGAAAUUCAUUGAAGAACCACGUAAACAGCAAAAACAGCUGGGAGAAAGAAUGCAUGCUGGGAACAGUCGGGAAGAUGCUAGUCAGAAGGAUCCUGAUGACACAGAAAUCAGGAAGAAUACUGUCAGAGUAGUGAUAAACCAAUUAUUAUCUGAUGAAAAGACAGAAUCUUUUCCUAUAUUAGUAACAUCUGGAAGCAACAAUGUAAAAGCUGUGGUUGCAGAUGGGAAUUCUGGAAGUUCUGGUCAUCAGAUUCAUGGAAGAUUAUCUGAUGAUGCCGAUAAGUCCUAUGAAAUGUCUCCUUAUGAAGAUUCUGAUGAAGAGGAUGGUGGUGACUUGGAGCACAAAGAGAAAGUAAGGCGCAGACAGAAACAUAUUCCACCAUGGACUCGGAAAGAAAUCUUGGAUGAAAUACUUCUAUCCAAUCGGACCUUAGAUCCUAGAGAAAUUUUUGAACGAAAGUGCUCUUUCAGUUUAUCUGACGGAUUCUUCAUCACAAUAUAUCUGGUUAUCUGCACAUUGCCCUGCCUAUCUGUCUGGACUAAGCUCAACCAGGAGAAACAAUUGUUGGGUAUAAGUUUCUGCCUAUGCAGCUCGCUUGGAUCUGGGGCUUGUGACAUUAUCCAAAAACUUCUUUGCCUAACAUAGCGCAUCACAUUCUGGUGGGCUCCAUAUUGCUACUAUCGAUCUGAGUUGUGACUGAUAAAAGGCUGCCGGUUUUGUCCCUCAGCUUGUUUUGCAUCUAAUUGGGAGUACUCACCUGCCACUGUCAAUUCCAGGUAACGUCUAGUAUAACCGUCAUACCAUUCUGAUUCUUUUGUUUAGGAGAAACCAUUCAGAGAACAAGCCAAACAUGUUUCAUUGGACCCAUCCUACUCAAUACCAUUUUGACUGGUUUAGCAAGCACGUUUUGCACUUAGGAUUCUGCCAUAUCUCAUUAUCCCCUGACACUGCACAUGUAGCCUCCAAAGAUUAGAACAAGUACUUGGAAGGCAUCUCCAAUAGAUGCCUUUGUACAUUGAGGGGCUCCAUGUGCUGGGGCUCAUGGCUCCAAACCUAGAUAGGCUUUGUUGUAUCAAGCUUAAACUAACCACUAUCUGUUUUCGCCUGCUCUAAACCAUCUUAUUUGGCCAUUAAUUAUAACUCAUUUGACUGUACAUAAUGGCUAUUAGCUCUUGUAUAUAUGCCUACCUGCUGUGGCUUAAAUGGCUAAGUUUGAAUGGCCAGUCAAGCAUGCUGCAAACCUAGCAUGGACCUGAAUGACCUAACAACCCUUGAAAGAUUCCUUUCGAGUUGCACUUGCUCAGCUCGCCUUGAUGUAGAUCCAUGGACCACGUAGAGUAGAAUAGCCAUUUUCUCUCUGAUGAUAGCGAUGACGGACCAGGAAAAGGUGACAUAACAGUGUAGCCUAGCAUUGAGCCUUUUACUCGUUGAGUGUGUCUGUGUGCGCGCGCUCCUCGUAGCCUGCCAAUCGGUGCCCUAGAAACUGAACAGAAACAAUUAGCCGUGUUACUGCUUGUUUCAGAAAAUCAGAACUCAACUUCCCAUUCCUGCUUCUUACGAGCUCCCGUUUUGGUUCUGCAAAACUGUUGUGAGUGAUGAGCACUAUGAACAGAUCUUUGGUAGUAGUGGUGGUGGUAGUAUAGUACGCAUGAAUAGGAGCUUUCGGAGAUUUGGAUGGUGAUGGGAUGAGCAGGGCUGCUCUGUGCUGUUUGCUGAUGAGGCAACAUGGCAGCUACAAAGAUUCUGCAAACCUGGCCCCCCAUAGAUCUGGCUGUCGCAACUGUUAUUGUCUCAGUACAUGUACAUUGAUAUACAUAUCUGAAUUUUAAUUACAUAUAGAUUUUAUUUGGCUAAAAGCUGGUCCAUUUCAUGGUGUUGAAAUAUGGCAGGAGCAACCAGGAAGCAUCAAACAGGCAAGAAAAUUAUGAUACUGCUUAAUAACUGCU